UAGUAUUUUAGUUGAUAAAUAUGAAAAAUAUGUUGAAAAUUUACUUAAAGGUUUAACAGAGGCAGGUACUACUACUCCUAUCUUUCAAAAAGGAGAAUUAGAAAGUCUUCAAGCAAAAAAUUUGAAAUAUGAAGACAUAAAAGACAAAAUUUCUAUUUUUCCUUCUUAUACUAUUAAAUUAAUAGAGGCAUAUCCAAGAAAUGAAGUAGUUGACAAAUUUGAUGAUGAUGUGACAAAUGAAAAUAGUGCAAAGUAUAGUGAACUAGCUGAAAUUAAUUCUCAAAAAGGUAAAAUUAAUACUGAAAAAGAAGCAAUAGAAAAGUUAAGAGAUAAAGCUAAAAAAGAAGCUUUAAAAACUGAUGCUACUUUUGAUCCUGAUGCUGAAUUAGCUAAAUUAGAUGUGGAGGAAACUGCUAAUCAAGAUAGCAAAUUCUUUAAUGAUGAAGUUGUAAAAAAUUAUUUGCAAAGUAUAAAAGAUUCUUUGGAAUCAGUAGAGCGGGAAUUAGAUUCAGUAGAACAAAAUGAGUUAGAUCAACUUACUUACUAUAUUGAGAAUAGUGAAGUUCCUCCUCCUAAAAGAAGAAUUCUUCUAAUGAAACUAAAAGGAGCUUUAGGAGUCAAAACUAAUGUAUUUAUUAAUGGAGCAAGCAGUAAAAUCAAUAAAGCUGAAUUGGUUAAAUACUUAGUAGUUCAUACUAUUGCUUUACAAGAAUUAAAAGUAGAUAAUAAGCUUAAAGAACAAAUCCUAAAAGAAAUGGAAGAUUAUAAAGAUGAUGAUAAAAGACUAGAUAAAUCUAAAUAUAGGGAUGAGAAAGAAUUUACUGAAGAAGAAAUCAUUAAGUACUAUGCUGAAAAGUUAGGAGGGCAAAAUCAUGCUAAGAAGAAGUAUGAAAAGCUCUUUAAAGAUCAGCAACAAGAAUCUUGGUUGAGUCAUCUGGAAAAGAAAACUCCUUGCUCAAUGAUGAAAUUCUCCUGCUAA